CAUAGCACAUAGUUGCAUGUAUGAAAUCAUACACAUAAAUGUCACCAACAUACGUAGGAUCGUCUGCAUCUAUUUAAAGAGUUGACAACUGUGACACUGUUACUUUAUCUAGGUAGAGUUCUAUCUGAUCGUAUCGGCCAACACAUAGGUGCUAAUAUUUCUUUCUUGACAACAGAAAAAAUAAAAAGUGAUAAACAUGAGUGGAUUUGGAUCUAUUGACAAAACCGGAGACGGACUGAGCUUGGAUGAAUUUGUCGAAUAUUUGAAAGAGAAAUAUGGCGUGAAAAUUUCAAAAGAUUUAGCUAGAGGUGUUUUUAAUGAUAUCGACUGCAGGCGAUCUGAUGACGAUCGUAUAGUAUGGGAAGAAUGGGAGGAAUUUCUCAAGUCAAAACCUUUUUCUGACGUGCAAAAGGAUGAUCUUAUAAAGGUGUUUGAUGAUGCUGACGCGGAUGGCAAUGGAAAACUCUGUUCGGCGGAAUUAUCGAACGGCUUAUCUAAGAAGGAUUAUAGUAAUGAUGAUAUAGCCAAAUUUAUUACUGACUACGAUACUGAUAGUGAUAAACUUAUAAGUAGGACGGAGUGGGUCAAAAUGGUUGAGGAUUAUAUAAAACAGAAAGCGUAAGCUACAGGUCGCCUUACGUUAUGUCAAAAUACAUCUCAAGGCUACUUACUGUUUACUUUGUUGUAGCGUUUUCUUAAGCAUUUUGUUGUUAUUUUUAUCUUUUUUCAUAUGUUCCAUUUUACCUCAUUAUUUUUACCUUAUGUUAGAUUUGUUAUUCUAUUCCAUUUGCGACAAGGUUUCAAUAAAUUACCAGUGUACUUCGUUUAUGAGUGCCGUGGGUACUCACAGUUUAUAAUAGCAUAGAAAUACACUCAAUUCAAUAUUUACGAUGUUAAACAACUCAGCCGUACGUCAUAGGACAUUAUUAAUCUAUUGGGAACUCAGCAUGUCGAUUAAAAAGAAAAGACAUUGACGAUUUCCACACUCAUCUUUUCCAUCUUCUGUAACAUGAUGCAUAAGCACUAAUACGAGAUAAAUCAAUAGCUUUCAAAAAUCUACAAAUACAUACAUACAUACAUACAUACAUACAUACAAACAUACAUACAUACAUACAUGCCUGUGUAUAUGUGAGUACACUUUGUUUUUUACUAUUUUUUCCAUUUAAAAGGAGUUUUUUUAUGCAACGGAAUAGAAUGAAUAAUUUGCUACCAUAGAACAAAAUAACAUAAAUUCGCUUUGUUACUGAUCAGAAUAAUAAAUAUGGUUUAAUAAAUAAAGAAAUAGAAUAUCUUGAAUGAUAAUAACACAAUAACUUCAAGUAUAUUUUAUUUUCCAAAAUGUAAGAAACUCAUGUGGAAAUAUAUAUAAAAAAUUUUUUAAUCUUU